AUGGCACCACAUGGGGAGGCUAUUGCUAGCACUUACACUAGGACAAACGCCUUGUCCAAGCCACCAAGACUCUCAAAUGACAAUCUCCAUCGAACAAAAUCCGAUAUCUCUUUUGAACUAAUCAAAGAAGAAAUUGAUAUGAAUCUCCCACCAAUAUCCGAGGUUGAAGAUGCAAAAUGUGAGUGUUGUGGCAUGAGUGAAGAGUACACCCCUGAGUAUAUUGACCGAGUUCGCAACAAGUUUCUAGGGAAGUGGAUAUGUGGGUUGUGUUCAGAGGCAGUGAAAGAAGAGAUGGAAAAAAAUGGAGGCCACAAAGAGGAGGCCUUAAAUGCACAUAUGAGUGCUUCUGCGAGGUUUAACAAAUUUGGUAGGGCUUAUCCAGUCUUGUCUCAAGCUGAGGCCAUGAGGGCGAUCUUGAAGAAAAGCUCAAUAAGGGCCAAAUCCAUCAGUCCUAAAGGUGCUCAAAAGAUGGGCGGGAUUGCGAGGAGUUCAAGCUGCAUUGCAGCAAUUACCAGGGACAUAAAUGAUAUCAAGUUGAAAAAAUGA